AUGUCGCUCGAAGCAACCAUGAUCAUUGUGGAUAAUAGCGAAAGUAGUCGCAACGGAGAUUAUACCUCGACACGAUGGCAAGCACAGAUCGACGCCGUCAGCGUCAUCCACACCGCUAAGAUGCGCGUACACCCUCAAUCAGCCGUCGGUCUUAUGAGCAUGGGUGGAAAAGGUCCAGAGGUUCUUUCGACAUUUACAACUGAAUUUGGUGGUAUCCUGUCUGGUCUGCACCGCACGAAGAUCCAUGGCACAGCCCACCUUAGCUCCAGUAUACAAGUUGCCGGGCUGGCCUUGAAACACCGCUCCGAGAAGUCCCAACGUCAACGUAUUAUUGUAUUCUCGUGCUCUCCUAUUGAAGAAGACGAGAAAUCUCUGGUGAAGUUGGCUAAGAAAAUGAAGAAGAAUAACGUAUCAAUUGACGUGAUUGCUUUCGGGGAUCUUGAAUCGGACCAAACCAAGAAGCUGGAGGCCUUCGUGGAGAACGUCAAGGGUGGCGAUGGGUCCCACCUGGCGAUCAUCCCACCGGGUCCCAAUUUGCUGAGUGAGGAACUUCAGGUGACGCCCAUUUUGGGUGGUGAUAAUGCUGCAGACGGGGUUGCAGGGGACGGAGGUGACACCACUGGCUUUGGAUUCGAAGAUGCGGCCGAGAACGAUCCUGAGCUUGCAUUUGCCUUGCGUUUGUCCCUGGAAGAGGAGAAGAACCGACAGGAGAAAGAAAAGAAGGAGCGCGAGGAGCAAGAAGGUAAAGCGAACCUGGACAACAUUCCCGAGGAAGGACAAUCGGGCGAAUCAAGCAGCGGCAAAGACAAGAAAGAGGAUGGUGACAAGAUGGACACCGCGUAA